AUGCCGACGAAAGGAUUGUCUUCCCGCGACUUCUUGCUGAAGAUCGGGAAGGUUGGGCGGCGCUACGUUCAAGGACGGCACGCCACGGCGGCGAACCGCAACUGGCGAUCAUAUCAACCUGUCGAUUUAGUAACCAACGGUGCUCGCAUCACAAAUCUCAAGGAUCCAUUUGUGCGCGACUUCAGUAACUUUGUCUUUGGACUUUGUCAAAAGACUGACACUCAUUUGGAAUGA